AUGGGUAAUCAAUUGGUUGGAAUAGCACCAUCACAGAUCUAUCCGGUGGAACACUAUUUUUCAGGUCACUUUGGCACGGAGAUUAUAUUUGAUUCAAAUAUGGGUAGCACAAGAUUUUUUAAAGUGGCUAAAGCUAAAUCGGAAGAGGGCUUGAUUGUGGUUAAAGUUUUUGUCAAACAUGAUCCCACAUUACCUUUAGAAGAUCAUAAAGAUCGUGUGGAAUAUAUAAAGAAAACAUUAACCCUAGCUAAUGGAGUAAAUUGUUUGCCUUUUCAACGCGUUGAACUGACAGAUAAGGCGGCUUAUAUUAUGCGCGAAUAUGUCAAACAUAGUCUAUAUGAUCGUGUAUCAACAAGACCAUUUCUCACAGUCUUAGAAAAGAAGUGGAUAACGUUUCAAAUAUUGUGUGCGUUGAACCAGUGUCACAAGCAGAAAAUAUGUCAUGGUGAUAUAAAAUUAGAAAAUAUUCUUAUCACUUCCUGGAAUUGGAUACUAUUGUCAGAUUUUGCCUCUUUCAAACCUACAUAUCUACCAGAAGAUAAUCCAGCGGAUUAUACAUAUUUCUUUGACACAAGCCGGCGUCGUUCAUGCUAUAUAGCACCAGAGAGAUUUGUAAAAACGUUGUCAUCAGAAGAUAUUGAUGGCAAUGUAUCCAUGUUUCCAACUGAUUCGAUAAUACGCUUGGGUCCCUACUAUUCGGGCAACACAGUGUUACCAGCGAUGGAUAUCUUUUCAGCUGGGUGUGCUCUCUUAGAGUUAUGGACUGAGGGCACUGCUCCGUUUGAACUUUCUCAGCUACUUGCGUACCGGCGCGGAGAACGUGAACUGGUUGAAAGGCAUUUGCAAGGCAUCGAGAAUGAAAAUUUACGUCAGCUUUUAACUUCGAUGAUUGAUCUAAAUUCUGCAAAUCGUAAAAGUGCAGAAGAUUAUUUGGACCAGGAGCGAGGUCGUUUAUUUCCCGAAUACUUUUAUUCAUUUUUACAAUCGUAUUUGCAAAUGUUCUCUUCGCUUCAAAUUAUGUCACCCGAUGAUAAAAUCUUACGUUUACAUUCCGAUAUAAAUCAUUGUAUAUUGGUCUUAACAGCAAGUACAGCUACUUCUGAUUUAACUCCCGAUAAUGAAGGCAGUCAUCAUAGUAUAACCAACGAGGAGAAAACUGAUUCGGAGACUUGUGUUAAUAUGCCAGCGGAACAGGACGGUCUAAUCUUAAUAAUUACUGUAGUGACAUCUUGUAUACGUGGUCUGCAGCAUUCAAACACUAUGAUAUGCUCAUUGGAGAUUUUGCAGAAGCUUUCCAAAUAUACAACGUCCGAAACUAUCUUGGAUAGAAUUUUACCAUACAUAUUGCAUUUAGCUCAAAAUUCCUCAGCCAAAGUGCAAGUUCAAGCCAUAGAAACCUUAACUACUUGUCUGAGUAUGGUAAAAGAAAUACCGCGUAGUGAUGCUAACGUAUUUCCGGAAUAUAUUUUGCCGGCUAUAACUAAACUGGCCAACUGCGAAGAAAGUGCUGUUAUUGUAAGGGUAGCAUUUGCAAGAAAUAUCGCGAAAUUGGCAAAAAUUGCGGUAUAUUUUUUGGAGGAAACUCAACGGAACUCUCCUAACGACAUGCCAACUAGACGUUAUGAAGCUGAAUUGAAUGCCUUGCACGAAAUAAUACGUCUUACAGUGUUAAGUCUCCUAACUGAUCCUAAGCCGGUGGUAAAACAAACUCUAAUGGAAUAUAAUAUAUGCGAUUUAUGCGCUUUCUUUGGCAAGGAGAAAGCCAACGAUAUCAUUUUAUCACACAUUAUGACAUUUCUUAACGAUGAAGAUAAAAAUUUAAGAGGUUCAUUUUACGAUAAUAUCGCUGGUGUAGCUGGUUAUGUGGGCUGGCAAGUUUCUGAUAUUUUAGUUCCUCUGCUUCAGCAGGGUUUCACUGAUCGAGAGGAGUUUGUUAUCGCGAAAGCUAUACGAGCAAUAACAAUACUUAUUGAAUUAGGUCAUAUUAAAAAGCCUACUGUAACAGAUAUUUUGAAGGAGACCGCUUGCUAUUUGUGUCACCCUAACCUGUGGAUACGCCAUGAGAUAUGCGGUAUGAUAACCACUACUGCUCGAACUUUGAGUGCAAUAGAUGUUCAAUGUAAAGUUUUACCGGCUAUAAUAAAUUUUUUAAAGACGCCACUGAUUCAAGUAGAAAAACCUGAUAUACUUUUGGAUUGUCUGCAAACGCCCAUACCAAGGCAGGUCUACGAUAGCGUUUUACGAUUUGCAGAUGUUCAAAAAUUCAUAGAUGCUCUGGAAGAAAGAGCAAAAAUUCGGCAAAAUACGCGACAGGGUAUGUUGCCACAAUAUGAGGAUAUGGGACAAACAUUGUGCAACCUGUUUCGCCGCUUGACUUCAGAAGGCUUAACGGACCAAGUCGAAAUGCAAUUAUUGGCAAUGAAGAGUUUCCUGCUUAAACUAAAAUGCAAAUCGCAGCAAGAAACUGGAGACCCUUCAUCAAGCAACGGACGAAUUGUUUUAAAUCGAAAGAAUAUUAUUUGCCACGAAUACCCUUUAGCUGAUAAACUGUCGGGUAUUAAAUUGUCUUUGGAAGCUCGCAUUAACGAUGGUAAUACCUUGGCAUCAACUGCUUCCGAUAUUGCAACGACUGGAGGUGGUUUAUCAGGUAGUCCGUCUUCAGGUGUUCUUGUUUUAGGCACUCAGCCGACAACUAUGACGACUAUGAGUGCGGCUACUUCCUUAGGAGAGUACACCAUGCCGGAAAGAAAUUAUUGGCAAGAACGCUCGUCUGAGUGCCGCAAAGAUUUAGAGAAUUUGAGAGUGAAAUUUAAAAGUCGCUACAGUAUCUUGGCAUUGUCGCAACGCAGUCAUCUGGAUAAGCAAAUCUCUGCUUACCCCCAGGGUUGGCGGUUGACUGGCACAAUGGUCGCUCAUUUGCACGAACAUUCCGAAUCAGUUAUUAAAUUAGCUUCGUUAAAACCAUGUGGCUCGCUAUUUGCCAGCGGUAGUAUAGACGGAACUGUCCGCUUGUGGGACGCUAAUAAAUUAAGUGGCAGCCAGGCUAUUAAUAGAUCGCGUCAAGCCUAUUCUGCCAGUACUCCUAUCUACUCGUUGGCGUCUUGUGAUAAUGGCCAGUGUCUGGCCGUUGGAGGAAAGGAUGGAAGUUUAAUGCUUUUACGUUUAGAUCGUAAUUCUUCAAAAAUGGCUUUACAGCAGGCAAUGCAUUUGGAUCAAAAUGCGGAUGAUGGUCCGGUUGUCGAUAUGCACUCCUAUGAACAACAUCCAACGAGUGUUGUAAUCUAUGCCACAUUAUAUGGCGAAAUAGUUGCUUGGGAUAUACGAAUGCAAAAUAGCGCGUGGCGUUUGCAAAAUGAAUUACGUCACGGUGUUAUAACAACCAUUUGUGCUGAUCCGGCUGGAUCAUGGUUAGCCACCGGUACAAGCGGUGGCAAACAUAUAUGCUGGGAUUUAAGGUUCCGAUUACCAAUAGCCGAAAUUAAACAUCCAGCUGACUCUUGGAUACGUAAGAUAGCCUGUCAUCCAACUGAACCGUCUUGCUUGAUAUCAGCUUCUCAAUCUAAUAAUGAAGUGUCCAUAUGGAAUAUUGAAACCGGUCAUCGGCAUAACGUAUUGUGGGCGAGUUCAGCACCCGUGCUAUCUUAUGCCAGCAUGAAUGAUCCAGCUACUACUUGCGGCGUUCUUAGUGGAGUGGUGGACAACUCUCCUUUCAUUAUAACAGGUAGUUCAGAUCAACGCAUACGAUUUUGGGAUAUUGGUCAGCCAAAAAAUUCAGCUCUAAUAGUGCCAUCAGCUAAAGAUAAUCUAAAUGAUAUUUCAUUUACAUACGAUUCACGUUUAAUCGAAGGUAGUCAGGUUAUUAAAGAGCAAAUUAUCUCAAUGAAUAAUGCGCCAGAUAUAAACUCGCUAAGACCCGCAACUGAAGAGAAUCCUCGCUCGGGACCAGAUAUGCCGUCGGCUAGCCAUCACGACGCUAUCACUGACUUGCUGAUGUGUAAAACUGAUAAAGGACAAAUUUAUAUAGCCUCAGCUGCCCGUGAUGGAGUUAUAAAACUAUGGAAAUAGUUUUCAUGUAUUUUAGAGCUUAAGAUAGAAGAAGAAAUUGUGAGCGCAGAUGAUGAGUA